AUGAAUCCAACACGUUCACAAAUUCAAGCUUCUAAUUCAGAGAAUUUUUCACCUUCUGUUAGUCUUACUUGUUAUGCGAUUUCUCAGGAUAACAACAUCCUUACCGUCCCGUCUCAACCAAACCUUGAACUAGUAAUCGAAAAUUCAAACAAUAGUCACGUAAUUCAAUCGUCCGUUAACAACAGUACGCCCAUACAAACUGAUCCUUUUGGAAAUCCUCAAAUUCCAAUCCAACCGGUUCAAUUCAAUACCUUUUUUUUUCGACCACCAAAUGAUUAUUAUCAGUACCAUGUUAAUUGUGAAAAAAUCUCCAUUGAUCUCAUUUUACAAUUAUUAAAUAAGCGUAAAGAAAAUAUAAUGCAAUUAAAAGAAAAUAAAUAUAUUUUCUUUUAUCAACAACGAAGUAAUAAUCAAUUUUAUCAAUUUUAUCAAAUAUCCUGUGAAAUUGUUUCCCCUUCUUUUAUUAAUGAUUGGUUGAAUAAAAAUAUUUAUGGCAUUGAAUUUGAACAGAAUAUGGUACAAGAACAGUUUGUAUUUACAUUGGAUCAAGAAAAACAUCUCGAAAUUCACUUGUCACAAUAUUUAAAUAAUCACUUCUUAAACUAA